CCGUCUGAUUAAAGAGGCAGUACUUUCCUCCCCCUGACAACGGGGGCGGGCCGUACUGAGCAUGCGCUGUAGGCUGGCCGGAAAUGGUGGACACGAGAGGAGAGAGUGGAGACGGAGAACGUCCCAGAAAUGAACCAACUCUUAGACAUGUAGAAAAAGAUGUUUUGAUUCCAAAAAUGAUGAGAGAAAAGGCCAGAGAGCUGUGUUCUGAUAAAGUGCAAGCCUUUACCAAGUGCUGUCAGGACACAGGUUUUCUGAUGGUGUUUAAAUGUCGAGAGGAAAAUGCUGCACUGAAAGAAUGUCUUACUGGCUACUAUACUGAUCCAGCAUUUUAUAAAGAAUGUGAGUCUGAAUACUUGAAGCAAAGGGAAGAAUACAGAACAACAGGAAUUCGUCCUUCCCAAAAACAGCAGAGGCUUCCCACCAGCAUGUAGUCAAGUUACACACAUUUUGGCAGAGGCUUGUUGAUUUUUAAUUUGUAAUAUACAUCUUGGAGCCCAGCAGAUUGUACAAUGGAGAUUUUUAUCCCAAUUGUGCUAAAGUUGAAGGAGUUUGUAUGGCAUCAUAUUGUAAAUAAUGUACCUAAAUAAAAGAAUCCAGAAAUCAUGACUACAGGAAACUAUGAAAUUCAGUUAUGAAACUGAACAGUAAAAGUAACUCCUCUGUUAAUGUCUAAAGAAUGCUGCCAUAUCUGCCUAACACGUAAACAAAUACUAAUGUACUGCUUUAAAAAGUAUCUACCUGAUGAUCUUAAUUAUUAGCAGGAAUAUGUCAAUUGUUUUGAAACACCAUGUAUUUGGACCCUUAGAGCCACAGAAGUCAAAAUGAAAUUUUGCUGUUUUUUAAAAAGUUGUGCCUCAAAAUGGCAUAAUGCAUGUUUAAACUCUUAACCAAAUGAAAUAUAACUCAAAAACUUUUUCAA